UCAUUUUCUUCUAGUUCCUGCACAUGUAUAGAGAUGGCUGGAGUGUUACAAGACAAUGCAGUCAUGGCUAAAGCUGAAGCCAUCAAGCUUGAAGUAGGAGCUAUCUUCCACUCCUAUCCUGACAUAGAAUUCGCCAUCAACGACUACCAGCUGCGGAAUUUUGUACAGCUGUACAUCAGGGACUCUCGGACCAUCUGUGGCACCCGGCGCGCCAAAAUAAAGAGCUUCAACCCCAAGCUCAAGUAUUCCGAGAUCACCUUCGCCUGUGUUCACGGCGGGCGAAAGUAUAAAUCUCACUCCCUUGGCGCCCGACCCAACCAGAAGACUUUCUUGAUGGACUGUCCAGUGAGUCUUAAGUUUAGAGUGUCGCCCGAUGGCCAGACGUUGAUUGUCAAGUCGUUUCACGAGCAGCACAACCACAGUGUAAGCCAGGCCUCCUUCAUGAGUCUGCCCCAGCGUGGUAGGAACAAAUUCAAACCUUCUGUACCGGUGCUACUCAACAACUUCGGAACCAGAGAUUGCGAACCAGAACCCGCACAAGCGACCAAACCUACGCCGCCUGUGGACAUCGGAAAGCUGGUGGAGACAAUGAAUAAAAUCCCUGGAGCAACCAUCAAGACAUCGAGCUUAGGACACAACGGCACCCACAGUAUAUGCAUGGUCAGCAUCUUCUUCCAGACACCCCACAUGAGAGACCUGUUCCACGCCUUCCCAGAGGUGCUCCUGAUCGAUGCCACCAUGAAACACAACGAAACCGGCAUACCUCUCUACCUACUGAUGAUCCUUGAUAGCAAUGGUGAGGUUCAUAUCGCAGGAUUGUUCCUGGCACUAUCUGAGCUCGGUGCUACAAUGCUGCACCUCAUUUCUUCCUUCAAAGCCAGUAACCCAAACCACACAAAGAUCGAGUGCAUCGUGGCGGAUGUGGUUUUGCCCCACCGAGAGCUUCUCUCAAAGAACUUUCCAAACGUGAUCAUGUCUAUUUCUGACUCGCAAACCUUGAGGGCGUUUCGGCGCGACGUGUCCACAGAGAAGCUGGGGAUAUCGCCCGACCAGAAAACCGCAUGCCUACAAACAAUGGAGAAGAUGGUAUCCGCCCAGAGUAAAGAAGAGUACGACGAGUACUACAACAUUCUCCAGUUCUUGGACGUUCCUCAGGUGCUAGCAUACUUCAACGACAACUGGCACGGGAAGAGGGAGGAGUGGGUGACCGGCCUUCGCAGCGAGCACAAGUACUUUGUCAGCACGGCCACCAAACACUUGGAAACAACCAUCCAGAAAGUUAAAAACGUCAUCAAGAAGAGUUACGACAUCCCAGCUUUCUUCUCCGAUGUCAUGAAGUGUAUAGAUUCUCUCGCGCUGGAAAAGGGUCAGAAGGUGCUCGAAAUGGUCCAAAAGGUCAAGCUGAUACCCCUGUCUCAAGAAGCAGGCUCGGCUGAGGAGCAAUACGACCGUUUGCUCACUCCACACGCACUUGACCUUGUGAAGCAGCAGCUACAACUGGCCCUGUCCAUCACAGUGAUCAGGAACGUCAAGCCACAAGGCAUGCUGCAAGUAAAGGCAGAGACGUGUCCCUGCAGCUUCUUCAAAGUCCUGAAGCUACCCUGCCGACACCUCUUCGCUGCACGGCGAGGAAAAGGCUUGGGCGAGUUCGACCCGACUCUCUGUUUCAAGAGGUGGACUCGCCAGUACUAUCUAGACCACUGUGGCAUGGUUAGACCUCAGCUUGCGAGUACACCAGUGGACCAGUUGGGUGAUCCGCCGGCGUGUCUGGAUGCAUCACAACAAGAGCAGUACAGUAAGGCUGUCCACCUAGCGCGGAGGUUGGCACUGGCAGCAGCAAGGCUCCCCCAUCACGAGUACGUCCAGGCAGUGUCCUGUUUGGAGACGGUGGCUUCAGCAUGGGAGAGGCAAGAGCAAGUGAUGGUGGCAUGUGUGGACCCUGCUCCUUAUAACGGGACUGGUACCAGCCAAUCAAGUACAAGUGUUCUGGAGGGUACAGAGGAUGAUGGCAGUUGUCAACCCCCAGAGAAGAAAAUGUGCCAUUGAAUGAUUGAGCGAUCACUUUCCCAUCAGUGACAGUUAUAAUGUACUUUCCUAUACCAGUACAUGGCCAUACCUCCUUUGGGCAUUAGCACAGUAUUAUACUACAUGUAGUAUACAAUCUGUUUCAUAAUAAAGUGUUACGAAAGGUCAAUGUAACAAUACAU